CGAUUUUCAGUUAGUGUCCAUCUUGUCUGCCAAGUGUCCGUCUUCUCCGAUAAAUUUUAUUAUAAAAAGAGUCCUAGAAUAUCAAUUUGUGACGGAUUCCUCUGGUCCAAUGGUGCUUCGUUGAUCCAUAGGAGGAGGGAUUUGGUCGCGCAACAAACACAAUCGUAUCGUAUGACGAUAUACCGUACACGCGAGAGGGAAAAGUGAAAAACUAAAAUUGACAUAGUGUGUCCCCGGAUGCUCAGUAAGACAGUGUCCCCCGGUCGAUGAAGUCACGGUUUGUUGUAUGUUGUGCGUGGCGGUUUAUGAAAUUGGUUUAUGUGUAAAGAAAAUCUCCAGAAACGGAAAUGGAUAAAGCAGUCGAUCUAAUUCAACCAGACGAACGAUUAAAGCUCUCGAGGAUACCUAGCUCAUCGUUUUCAAUUGAGAAUUUAAUCGCGACGGAACACAAGCAACGGGGUCAGUCUCCGUCGGUAUCGGACCGUUCGCGAGUGGUCACUGGGGAUCCUAGUCAAUGCCUUGUUAAUAGUUAUAAUGCAGCAAUGCUAUCCUUCACCAACUUUCCUCUGUACAAUCCAUGGGUCGGAUAUUUGUCUCAAACGGCAAAUGAAAAACUAUCGCAACUGUUUUCCAGUGCUACUAAUAGUGACAAACGUGCCCAUAAAUCAGUAUCAAGUGAACGAAGUGAACCCGGUGUGGGACCUGCCAAUAGCAGUGAGGAUGCUAGUCAUAGUGGUGAUAAACCGACGAAAGAUGUGAAUCCAUCGAAAACGUAUCCCGGAUUGAACUACGGUUCCCCCCUUGGAGUGGCGGCUCAAUAUUUCGCCAAUACCCGGCGAUCCUUCUAUACGACGGAACACAGUGAAAGUGGCACAAGUGGUGAUAAGAUAAAUCAUGCCUAUGACAAUCCAACCAGUGGUACCGCUAGUAGAAUAUUCCUCAGAAAUUUCAGCAACGACCUCGCUGCGACUGCCCGAACCAGUAUGGAAAUGCAUGAUGCUGAUUCAAGGCAUUCCUAUUUGAACAUUGAUCGUGAUGAGGAUGAUCAUCCGGGAGAUCUGGGCACGGAGAGUAACGACGACGGCUCAUUCAGUGACGAUAUCAGUUUGUCACAAUCACCAACCGGGUGUGGGAAAAACGUCGAACUAGACGAAUCAGAUUCCGAGCUCUGUUCCGACGACGAAGGAAGCUCGUUGCAUAAUUCAUCUCAUUCCAAGACAGCGAAUGGAACAGCUAGCGCCUGCGGGGCUGAUAACAGCUCAAAGUCACGCCGAAGACGAACGGCCUUUACAUCGGAACAGCUGUUGGAGCUGGAACGGGAGUUCCAUGCGAAGAAAUACUUGAGCCUUACGGAGCGUAGUCAGAUUGCCACCAGUUUGAAGCUGAGCGAGGUUCAGGUGAAAAUAUGGUUCCAAAAUCGAAGAGCCAAAUGGAAACGGGUAAAAGCCGGUCUCAACUCACACGGGUUGACAAACCGGGGAGCAGCUUCAAACGCUAGCAACACCAAAAUUGUAGUUCCCAUCCCGGUGCACGUGAACCGAUUUGCGAUCAGAUCCCAACACCAACAGAUGGAAAAAAUGAAUCUGGUAGGACCAAAGGCGGAACUUCGGAAAGACUUGGGCUUAGAAGCGAGUAGUUUCGAACGGUUCGGUUUGAACAAGUUAACACCGAAGCCAGGUGGAAGCUUCUGAGAUCGUUUCAGGAAUAGUGCGGAACAGAGCGAACGAAUUGUGUGAUUAUUAUAGAUGUAAGGAUAACGAUGUGUAGGGUAUAUCAAAUGCAAUGUUUUGAAACAACAAAUGUAAUUUCCUCAUUAUUCGCUCAUCAGCUGCGAGUGGAAUUAGGGUCAAUUAGUGCGGAUUUAUUUUCAAAUCGUUCCAUGAGGGUUAACUAGUCGGGGGACAAUAAUGGGAGAUGUACUUCAAUUAAAGUUAAUUUUGAAUUCGAAAUCACUCGCUGUUAACAACAACGUGCACAGCAAGUUGUACAGAUGUAUAGUUACAAAUGAAAAGCAACUUAAUAUAAAAACUAUUUUAGGUAUGUUUAUAGAAGGCGGCAAUAAGAGGCGACCAGUAAAAGCGGAAAGCUACACUCUGACUAAUAAAGCACUUCCGAUCGUAA